UUUCCUUUUUUUUUUUCUCAUAUGCUUUAUCCUGUAUUAAAUGACGAUCAAAUAUAUCAACUAUUACACCGAUUGAAUUCAUGGCGACAUGGUAUUUGUCCUAACGGCAAACUAUCUGACCAGAAUUGCUUUGUAUUAAACCAGAAACCUUGUAUAACUAUCCAUCCUGAACCAAAUUCACCGAUUACGACAGAAUUGAUUACGGAAUGGGAUUGGGCAGACAAUUUAGUGAAUUGUGGUGCUCUUACCCAUCUAAGCGAUGAUAGUAUGAUGAAUACAUUCUCUGACUUUUACUUGAUGUUCCAUGCAGCCAAAGACACACACAAUAAUGUAAACACACUUCAUCUAUUGCAGUUACGUAAACAUGCGUCUUUUAAAGUAGAUCAGAUAUCAAGACCUACACGCGCACUUCAGACACACCUAGAUCAACUCAAAAAAACACAAGAUCCACAAGACCAAUGGCAUAAUCUAAUGACACUCUGGCACACAUUUGGUUAUUUAUGGCCGCGUAAACUGAUAUUAGGCUACAAGACACACUUGAAACAAACCUAUAAGUUUACAAAUCAAACGGACAGCAUGAAUGGAUUCUAUUUCAACUUGAAUUUACUUAAAGAAGAAUGGCAUGCAUUGAAUCCACAGACUGAGUUUGAUUUACAGCACUUUAUGGACACAGCAGAGAUUGUGUCCAGAAUGGAUUUAGUGCCUAUGCAUGCAUUCUUGAUGCCUGAAUGGACUGAAUUGAUUCAGGGCAUCAUGACACAACGCCAUAUACGCGUCAGUAUCUAUCAGCCUAUUAAGUUUUAUAAUAUAGCCACUCAGAGUUAUCUCUGCUGGGAUGUACGCAAACACCAAGACUUUCUUGUACGAGCCAUUGCUUCUGCUGAAAUUGACCAAUCGCCUGAAACACAGUAUCUUUGGCGAUGUUUAUGGACACCCAACAUGAACUUGUCCCAUGAGACAGAUUGUCAGCAUCUCUCUGGGUUUGAUCAAAUAUAUAUUUAUCCUGCUUGUCGUUCCAAUAGACCGGAUAGGCAGGAGACUUCAUCGACUGAACCAUGGCAAAUACAGGACCGAACGCAUACAUGGGUAGACACACAUACCAUGCCACUCUCAUGCCGUCCUUACUCAAAACAACUCGAGCCUCACCGGGAUUUCUCUAAAUUGAGAGGACUCCAGUUAGUAUCCAGUCCAGAGAGUGAGCAACGAUUAGACUGGACGAUUGAAUACCCCAACAACCAACUCAAAUACAUGACAGAGAUACAAGUCAAUCUUAAGCUGAACUUUCAUGAACAUAUACGGCGUAGAAAGCCAUUGAUGUAUGGAGACACAAUACAGCUACAGCAAAUUGGGUUGUUAACCGCCUUUCUUCCUGUCAUGAAACCUAAUGUAAAGUCAAGCAAUAAAAGAAGUGUGUUGUGUGUAGAUGAAGACAUCACAGCAGAACGAUGGACUGAAAAUACCUACUGGACAAUUGAAUUGGCAGACAAGGCUGAUAUGAAACGACAUGCAUUGAACUAUUGCCCAUGGCCACCUAAUCAUGGUCCCUUAUUCUCUCGUCAAGGUAAGUUGCUUGCUUUUAGAUGACCUUAUUGCUUAUAAGAACAGCAUCUUUUGAAAGCAAAGAAACGAUACAAAGCAUGGCUUCACUUCGAAGAACAAAAUCAUUGAAUUCAUUAAGUCAGCAUGAUUCUGAUAAAGCACAGUAUUUCGAAAACUUAGUGUCUAAUAAAGGCACAAGCAAGUUGUUGUCUCAAUUUGUCAAGAAAGUCUCUCUUCAGCCUUUGGCACAACUCGUAAAACCCUUACGCUCUAAACCCACAUAUCAUCAUCAACCACUGUCGCCCCCUCCUUUUUCAUCUAGU